ACGGGCAUAGAGAAUCAGCGAGCGGUAAAGAAAGAAACAUAAAUAAAGAGAAUCAGCGAUACGAUACGCCGCCAAUCCGCUUCCGCUGCCAUCGCGAGCCUGCUUGGGUGCGCAGAGGAGUCUCGUCCGGCGCGUUCACCCUUCCUCCUCAUCUAUUUUUUCUUCCCCCGUUCCCUCCUCUCUUUCUUCUCUGUUGGUCUUCCUUUCCUGGCGGCGACAACAGGAGGGGCGAGGGGCCGCGCCAUUCUCCACGUCUUCGCGGGACCCUUUGCCGGCGACCAGAGUAACUUUGAGCAAUGGGCACGUCUGUGGAUGCUCCAGCGGUUGUGGCUGAGGAGGUCACUGAUAACAUGUUGGGUGGCAAGAAAGUUACUGUUGUAUUUGUGCUAGGUGGUCCUGGAAGUGGAAAAGGCACACAGUGUACCAACAUUGUGGAACACUUUGGAUUCACCCAUCUUAGUGCUGGAGAUCUUUUGCGUGCAGAGAUAAAAUCCGGCUCUGAGAAUGGAACCAUGAUUGAGACCAUGAUAAAGGAGGGAAAAAUUGUUCCAUCAGAAGUAACUAUAAAGCUGUUGCAGGAGGCCAUGAUAAAAAGUGAAAAUGACAAAUUUCUGAUAGAUGGAUUUCCAAGGAACGAAGAGAAUCGUUCUGCAUUCGAGAAUGUUACAAAAAUUUCUCCAGCAUUUGUGCUAUUCUUUGAUUGUACUGAGGAAGAGAUGGAAAAACGUCUUCUGGGGCGCAAUCAGGGAAGAGUUGAUGAUAAUAUUGAAACUAUCAGGAAAAGAUUCAAAGUUUUUGUUGAAUCAAGUUUGCCAGUCAUUGAGUAUUAUAGUUCAAAGGACAAGGUCAAGAAGAUUGAUGCUGCAAAACCAAUUCCUGAGGUGUUCGAAGACGUCACGGCCAUUUUUGCCCCAUAUGCUCCAAAGGUUUAAAUAGAGCGAUACAAGGAACGCUGUCGAGGUGAUAGAAUGUGCCAUAAUUAUAUACCCUUGGCCUAAAAAUUUUCUUCUGGUUCCUGUGGCCAUGAGAUACUCAUAUAAUCUUCAUUAUCUUUUCCAGGCACCGAACAAGUGUGACUACAUAUCUGUGAUUAUAAACCUUUUUAAUAUAGAAGAGAAGUUUUAGUUCCUAUGAGCUACUCCCUCCAUCUCAAAUUACUAUACGUUUUGGUUUUUCUAAAUAUAUACUUAUGUCUAGAUACAUAGCAAAAAUGAUGUAUUUAGGAAAGCCAAAACGAAUAGUAAUAUGGGACGGAGGGAGUACCAGCAUAUCAGUAGGCAAUUCAUUUUGUUACCAGCAAUAAGUAGAUCUAACUCCCAGUAUUCCUGCUAGAGUAACAUUUUACCAAUGGCGUUGGUGUAUCCUUUAAUAUUGUUGUUCUAAUCUGUAAUUUUAGUAUUUUACUGCAUGGGCGAUCAAACCUUGUGACAUUACCGAAAUUAAAAUUGAUGUCAUAUUUUUAUAAGCAA